AGGCAAUCAAAAACCACCAUCCAUUCCAGCAGCCUGGAGCCGCUAUCUUACUACACACACUUCCUCGGAUAUUGCCCCCUAGGCUGCAAGUUUCUUCCAAGAGCGAGAUUAAUCAGCCAAUCUUACAGCGUCAGACGGCGCGGCGGUGGUGGUAGUAGUACUUACACAACCAACCCAUAAGAAAGCCAUCCCCUAGAUGCUCUCCGCGAGCAAACGAACCAACACCACCACCACCACGACAGAUCACCAAUAAACAACAACCACCACACCAACACGACAUCCAAAUAACGACAUGCCCCACUCUCCAAAACCAUCCCCUUCUUCCAACCGUCGCCGCAACUUGAACCAACCCCCCUCAUCAACAGCAACAACAGCAGCCACCACUGCCCUCACCCGAGCCCUCUCACCAACGCCCACCCCUCGCUCCUCCUCCCUCGCAACCCCCUCCUCACGAAACACCACGUCAAAUCUCCAUCCGACAACCCCAUCUCGAACCUCCUCCCUCUCCCUCUCCCGCAACCCAUCCCCAUCCCCGGCCCGCCCAAAAGAAGAACCAGGCCACUACAACAUGCAGGACAGUUCAGAAGACGAGCUAUCAGCGCUCCAACAAGAAAACCUCCAUCUCAAAGACAACAUCAACGCCCUCGACGCCCAAAACACCCUCCUAAGGGACACCCUCCGCCAGGUAAAAACAGACCACAGGCAAGAACUCGCCCAGCUCCAAGACCAAAUACGAGGGUUGAAGGAGUUCGUCAGUAAAUCGGGCAACGGCGGGGCGGGAAUCAACGGGUCCGGGCAAACAACAAGCGACGAGGUCUUUGAGGAGGGCAUGGGCAAGCUAGGGAAUGGCCUGCAGAACUGGGUUUUGGUUUAUUGGAGGAGGAGUAAGAUUGACCUCUCCCAUGCCAGCGAGACUACCCUCACAGAACUUGACCGCCUAGUCCCAACAUACAGAGACCUCGUCUCAACAGCCAAGAUCCACCUCCUACAGUCCCUCGUCUCGCGACUGCUCACCGAGUCAAUAUUCAACACCUACUUCGUCGGUUUAUCCCCCUCAGAAGCCGACAAGCUAGCCGAAGCCGAAAAGUCAUUGGGCACCUAUGCAACCUCCCCUGAAAUGAUGUCCCAGUGGCGCUCCCUAACCCUGGCCAUCCUCCAAAAGGACGCCAGCGGGAAGCUCCAAAGAGAAACCUCGACCAUCGUAGACGCCCUCGUGGCCAAAGUCAACAGGCUGCUCGACGAGAUAACAUCCUCAAAGUCCAACGAUGCCCGAGACCAGGGUCUCCGGUCCCUCAUCGCCAGCGCUGUUGAUCUGUCACGCCUGCUUGCUGUCCAAAAAGCCGUCUUUGCUGUCCACAUGCCUCAAGUCCUCCCCCACCAGCAAAUCAUGUUUGACGCCGAGACCAUGGAAGACAUCGGCGGUGAAGACGAAGAGGGCCUGUUCGAACGAGAGAUCUCCUGCGUGACAUUCCCCGGAAUCAUCAAGAGAGGUGACGAGACUGGCGGGCAUCUUCAGUUCCGGAACGUGAUCUCAAAGGCAAGAGUCCUCUGCUGUCCCGAAUAAGAGUUUGAGCCGCAAAGAAAGGAAUGGGCGUGAUGCAAGAUAAUGAUAGCCGCCGAAUUUGUCUCCACUUGGGCUACUAAAUGGUGCGUACGGUACACGUACAGGAAUGCGUAUGCCGGGAUCUUUUCGUCGUAGAGGUCGGGUGCACCGAUCCCUCGCAACCCAAUCUGUCAAACCUGCCGAAUAGAGAUGCAGACCGGUAU